AUGGUCCACAUCUUAGAGACUGAUACCACUGCCCAAGCCGCUUGGAAUAAACUCAAAUCAACUUUUCUCAACAACAAAGGGUCACGUGCAGCAGCCCUUGAACAGGAAUUCACAAGUCUUACCUUGGGAGCAUGUUCAUCUAUGGAAUUUUAUUGCCAAAAACUUAAAGAUCUUGCUGAUCAGCUUGGAGAUGUUGAGAACCCAGUCACUGAGUCUAGACUGGUCUUACAAAUGGUUCGUGGGUUACCAUCGGAGUUUGAUGUUGUCGGGGCCUACAUCAAUCAAAGCUCUCCGUCCUUUGAAACAGCUCGCAGCAUGUUACAACUUGAACAACACAGACAAAAAGCUAGACAAAAUCAAACCCACACGGUUCUCGCUGCUUCUACUUCUGUUGACAGGUCACCACAAAAUGAAGCAGUUGGUCAACGCAAUCAAGGUCAACCCUACAACAACUACUCGGGCAGAGGUACAGGCACUCGCGGGCGAGGCUUUAAUGGUCGAGGACGUGGCAAAAUCUUCAGGGGACGUGCCGGUCGUGGCCACCAAAACUGGAACCAAGGAAAUCAAUGGCAGCAGCAAGGAUGGAAUGGAUCGCAAUCAUGGUAUCCACCUCCAUCACCAUACCUUUCUCAUGGAACGAAUCAAUCCACAAAUCACUGGGCUAAUCACACCUACGGGCCCGGUCAAUAUUCUGGACCCACAACACAACAGGAGCCAAUUGGACCUCCGAUACAGCCAUCAGGUCCGACGCCUACUCCCACUCCUCAAUUUGGUGGUUAUUCUGACUGCAUUCCAUCAGAUUUAGCACAUACAAUGCAGCCAGUUCAUCUUAAUUCCAAUGAUCCGGCGUGGUAUAUGGACUUCGGUGCCUCGACACCUCUUACAUCUGAUCAGGUCUGCCAAAUCAUGGGUCUGGUCAUGCUUCUUACACUACCCCCUCUCAUUCAUAUACUCUAA